AUGCCGAGUCCAGCAAUCCCGCGUUCUUCCUCGGAUCCCAACAUCUCAUUAACUAUUCACUCUCACUCUCAAUCCUGCCACAUCCCUACUUCUAACCGCUCUUCAUGCUCAACCAAGUCAUUGAAGAAUGGUUGGUCGAAGAAGAUUGGUAACUUGAUAACAGGAAAGAAUGGUUCUCCGGCCGAGUACUCAGACUUGACCGAAGAGAGUCUUGAGGAAUUUAAUAGGAGGAAUGAAGUUCUCAAUGACAGGAGGGACUCUGUGUAUAGUCCAUACUACAAAGGGCUCACUGACUCGUCCCUUGUUCUCGGUCGACAGAGAGUUUCUGUGUCCAGUCCCGGGAGAGAGAGCUUUGUGGCCACUUCUGUUACUACCAGCUCAAAAUCGAGUUUCAUCGUCAAGAUGCAAUCUUGCUUUAGCAUUUUCGGUAAGGAUCAGACCCCUCAGGUUGUCCAUGCUGCUUCAUCAUUUUCGUCGUCAUCAACAAGAGUGGAAGCUAAAACGACAACAAAGGAUUUGGGGUUGGAGAGGAAAGACUUAAUUUUUGCAGAAAGCAAUAUUGCUUUAUUGGAGAGUCGGAUGCCACUGAGGGAGAGAGUAUCACCACCACCACCUUCACCGCCACCAGAAUUAUAUGUACCACCACCAAUAAAAUUGCCAUCCCCACCAUCGUUACCACCACUAGAAUCAUCAGUGCCAUCACCGCCACCACCAAUAAUAGUUCCAUCCCCACCACCACGAAUGAAACUUCCAUCCCCACCACCGACACCACCAAUAGAACCAUCGGUACCAUCACCGCCACCACCAAUAAAAGUGCCAUCCCCACCACCAUCACCACCACCAGAAUCAUCGGUACCACCACCACCACCACCAGAAGCAACACCACCAGAAUCAUCGGUACCACCACCACCAGAAGCAGCACACACAUCACCUGGGAAAAGAGUCUUACAUAAUGAGAAGGAUGCCAAAAAGAUGGAGAAUGAGAGUGUGUUCCUUUGGGCAGACAAGUAUCGGCCUGAGUCACUCGAGGAUUUUAUCUGCAAUCGGGAUAAAGCAAUUGAGCUGCAAGCUAUGGCGAAAGACUAUAACUGUGGUCAUUUCAUAUUCCAAGGACAUCCAGGGGUGGGAAAGAGAACUAUGAUUUGGGCUUUGCUUCGCGAAGCUUUUGGACCAGACAGAGUAAAGGCAAGAGAAGAAUAUAAAGAAUUUGACUUGAAGGGGGAAGGUAUAGGCAGUAUCCAAGUACAUGUAAUGGAGUCCCCACAACAUGUAGAAGUAAAUCUCUCGGACCUUAAAGGGUAUGAGAAGCAUGUCCUUAUUGAACUUAUCAAAGAAUCAAAUAGCAGGUUAUCCAACAAACCUUUGAAGUCCGGCCGAAGGGACUGUCGAGCAAUCAUUCUAUAUGAGGCAGACAAGCUUUCUACAGAUUCCCUGUUGUAUAUCAAGUGGCUAUUAGAAAGGUAUAGAGGGAAUAAUAAGGUGUUCUUUUGUUGCGCUGACGUCUCAAAGCUUCAGCCGAUUAAGGGGCUUUGCACCGUUGUUCAUCUCCUUCCGCCUUCUAGUGAAGAGAUUGUUCAAGUUCUGGAGUUCAUAGCAAAACAAGAAGGCAUAGAAUUACCGCGUCAAUUGGCUGAAAAGUUCUCUAACAACUCCAAGAAUAACCUACGCCAAGCCAUUCGUUCAUUUGAGGCUACCUGGCAAUCUAAUUCAUCCUUCAAGGAGGAUCAAGAAAUCCUGACUGGGUGGGAAGACGAUAUUGCCAACAUUGCCAGAAAUAUAGUUGAAGAGCAGACCCCAAAACAGCUAUAUAUCAUCCGCGGAAAGCUUCAAAAUCUUAUAGAGCACAAUGUGUCUCCAGACUACAUUAUCAAAACCCUGGCCGAAGAAUUAAAGAAGCAAAUGGAUGAACAAUUUGAAACACAAAUCAAUUGUCUAUCCGAGGAAUACCAUGUAUGAACCCUGAUGUAUCAACUUGCAUUUCCUUAUUUCAAUAGUUUAGCAUAUUCUUCAAUCAAGUGCAAAUGGCAGCAUAACAGCCAUCCUUUCUUUUCUUUUUCUUUUUUUUUUUACCAGAGGGAUGAUGACAACGAGAAGCGUUUUGGCUCUGCACAUAGUCGACAAGAGGAAAUGGACAAAAGAGAUGAUAACCCAAGGA